UACGUAUUAUUGUUUAUAGAACUGUCUUGUCACUGGCAACUUGUGUCCUCCAGCCAGUGGAUGACCGUUCUGCUCCCUUAACUUUCAUUGUGUUGUGUGUUUGUUUUAUCGGUGAACGAUUAUACAAAAAAAAAAAAACAGAAAUGGAGCAGUACGCCCAAACCGUAAAGGACUUCGUGGAGGCACACGCCGUCGGUUUCACCGUUGCGUUUGUUGCAGGAGGGAGCCUGCUGGCCUUGCGCAGGUGGCUGGCUGGGGGAGUGUGUCGGAGCAAGGCCCGGCUGGAUGGAAAAACUGUCCUCAUCACAGGAGCCAACACCGGCAUUGGGAAGGAGACGGCCUUGGAUUUGGCAAAACGAGGGGCCAGAGUGAUCUUGGCCUGCAGAGACAUGACCAAAGCCUACCUGGCAGCUGAUUACAUCCGUCACACAAGCGGAAAUAGCAACGUGGUGGUGAAGAAGCUAGACCUCGCCUCCCUAAAGUCGGUCCGAGACUUGGCCAAAGACAUCCAGCUGACCGAGGAACGUUUGGAUGUCCUCAUCAACAAUGCAGGUAUUAUGAUGUGUCCCAAGUGGAAGACCGACGAUGGCUAUGAGAUGCAAUUCGGCAUCAACCACCUGGGACAUUUCCUCCUCACCAACCUUCUUGCUGAAAUGCUGAAAAAGUCUGCUCCGAGUCGAGUCGUCAUUGUCUCCAGCAGUGCGCACGAAAGAGGUCACAUCCAUUUCGAAGACAUCAACCUGGACCAAGACUACCAAUGUGACGUGAGCUACCGCCAAAGCAAGCUGGCCAAUGUGCUCUUCUGCAGAGAGCUGGCCUCCAGACUGCAAGGCACAGGGGUGAUGACUUACAGCCUCCACCCUGGCGUCGUCCGCACAGAGUUAGGCCGCUACAUGUUCCCUCCUAUGCCCCUGUGGAAGAAGAUUCUGGCCAUGCCCUUUCUGGUGAUGAUCAAAAGUCCCUGGGAAGGAGCUCAGACCAGCAUCUACUGUGCUGUGGACGAGAGUCUGGCCAAUGCCACCGGACUUUACAACAGCGACUGUGCUGUAAAGACUCCUGCUCCAGCAGCAUUGGAUGAUACCGUAGCCAAACGACUGUGGGUGCUCAGCGCCUCCAUGGUUAGCCUGGUCUGAAAUCAGCAGCCUGCAUUCAUACUGCAGCAACUACCAGGCACUAACUUGGAAGAUAUGGUGCUAAAUUAUGUGGCCUUUUUUUUUUUUUUUCACCCUAAACUGACCAAUUUGCACUCUGCGAUGGCUUUCUUUAUGAAAGCAUUAGGGCCACACGGAAAAGAAAAAAAUGCACCGUACAAAAAUAAAGUUGGUGUAAAAAUAGCUGUAAUACUGCAUAAAAAGAUACAGAGGAAAAAUACACCUUAAAUAUCAAUCAAUCAAUCAAUGUUUAUUUAUAUAGUCCUAAAUCACAAGUGUCUCAAAGGGCUGCACAAGCCACAACGACAUCCUUGGUUCAGAGCCCACAUAAGGGCAAGGAAAAACUCACAACCCAGGGGGAUGUCAAAACAUUACAUUUAUAUUACAAUAAUUAAUGUAUAUUAGGCUGUCUUCAAGUAAUGAUUUUUAUAGUCAAAUCUGAUUCGUCAGAUUUUGCCCCAUUGUCGACGGUCAGUUUUAAUUUAAGAGAAAUAAUCAGAUAGUGAUGUGUUGUAGCAUAUAUUGACUGGUCACAAGGGGUCAGUAACGUCUCAUGGCUGUCCUUUUAACACUUACAUACUUAAAUAUUCCAAAGUUAAUUAAAGGUACUUAUUUAAGGAAUACAAUCUCACAUUAAAGUGAACAAACCAAUCUAAUUUGCGACUUUUUGCACCUAAAAAAAAGGCUAGACCACAGUUUGGGAAGCCUGCUCUGGGGCACUGCGCCAAAAGGACAUCAAACUUGACUAAAUAGAGUACGUGGAAGGCGUAACAAAGUUUCCGUAUGUGGACCUGUGGAAGGAUCAUUACCUUUUUGCAAGGGGAGAGCUACACGUUCGGGGUUAUGCAGUGCAUCUCGACGCACGCGCCGUGUCCAGUUUCUGUUGUGUUUAAAGGGUAUAUGGUGAGGUUCGGCCAGCCAGAGGCACGAAGCAGCACAGCAAGACCCGUAUGUGACAGCGUAGUGUCCCAAUCAGCCUCAAAACCUAUACACCAUGCAAAAACACUAUUAGUAUAAUAUUCUUGUGUGCAGACAAAAACAUUUUACAUCAUAAGAUGUGGGAGUCCAAAACACGCCAGCUGAUUAUAGAGACAUGACGUCACACCAGGAAGCAGCGACCGCGCUGAAGGCUAAAGUGACAGCUGAAACUAAGUUGUCUUGUACUCCCUAAAAAACAAUUUGUUUGCACACAAGAAAAUUGUUUUAAUAUUGAAAGGGGAACUUUUUGGGGGGUAAUAAUUGUGCCUAUAAUUGUCACCUGCUAUAUGCGGAGAUCCCGGCAGGUAUUAACUCACAUCCCUCCCAUAGCGAGACUCGUCCAAAUGAAAUUGACUUUGACUAUUUGAAGACAGCCUGAGUGUAUAUGGUAAUAUUACCAAAAUAAAUCACAUAAAAAGUCUUGAUUUUACUGCACGCCAAAUAUUUUUACAAUAUCAUAUAAAAGGUCAUUUAUAUUUUACAGGGAGAAAAAAAACUUUAAUAAAGCUGUAAUUAUUUUACGACUUUAUAUCCCAUUAAAUUAUUUUAUUCUCGUAAUAGAAUGAUUUUUUGUCAUAGUUCUCUGUGUGGCUCUAAAACUUCUUCAUAGUAGUAAUUGAGUUUUGAAGCAAACUGCACUGCUCGCCUGAUAUGGUUUGCCUAGUCUACAUAUCAAUGUAUUUAUUGCUGUGAUAUUGUUUUUUUAUUAGAAGGGAGUUUUCUCAGCUGCUGCACUCUUGUAUUACAAAAUGCAUGCCAUACUCUGCCUGUUAAUAUAAAAAGGUCAACAUUAUGCAUCAACAGAAAUAUUAGAAAAUGAAGGCCAGAUCACAUGUAUUUAUUUGGAAGAUAUUUACCAUAAGAGUGGUUGUAUUGUAUAACUGUGAUUUGUGUGUUGUAUCUGACAGCUUUAAUAAAGACAACUUCUUAUAAUACAACUGUAUACUCAAGGAUAGGUCAGUUGCAAUUUAAAUAAAUUAUAUAAUUGAAAAUUAGGCUGUUUUACACCAGUUAGGAAGAUAGAAAUACAAAGUGCUAUUUACUUUGCAAUAUAACAACUUUAAAUAAACUGCCUUUAUUAAAUGACAAAACAAUAUAAAGAAAUGGUAAGAAAAACACUCAACUGUUGAAAUGGAGUGUCAAAGGUUUUUAUGAUAUAGCACAGAUGCUGUUCUCGAAAUUUUAGUGUUAAAAGUAAAAAAAAAAGAAAAAAGUAUGACUUAUGUUAAAUCCUUUUAUGAGUGAAGCCUUUUUGAUCUCCAAGAAUUUUAGUGCAAUUUUUUUUUUCAAACACAUUUCUCAAAAAUAAUGAAUCAAAAUCAAUGUUGUUAUGUAGUAUUGACCUAUUUUAGGCUCAAUUACUUCACAUCCAAUAUUACAUUACAUUUGUGGGAGAAGAAAAUACUGCAUAUGUUGUGCUUCUGGUAUAAAGAAAAAGUUUUUUGACAAAAAAGGCCUAAAAUGUUAAAACAAUUAGACCUGAAGUUGAUCAAGAGGUUUAAGCAUUGAUUUAAAAAAUAGUAAUGUAUGACUUAUUUUAACAUUUCUACAUUUACAUUGACUUCUAUGCCAAAUUCUUUGAUAAUCCGCAGAAGAACACGGUCAGCUCUUCUGCUGUUGCAUCUUCUCCUGCCACAUUUUUGCCCUUCCACUAGACCAGUGGUUCUUAAUCUUGUUGGAGGUACCGAACCCCACCAGUUUCAUAUGCGCAUUCACCGAACCCUUCUUUAGUGAAAAAUAAAAUGUAGGUUUUUUUCCAAAUUCAAGAAAAAGUCAUGUUUCUUUACUGGUGCACAAAAUGAACCGUGCAUGAACAUCACCUUGUUCAAAGAACAAAACCAACACAGUGAAUGAACUCACAACAAAUUACACACCUUACACACAUUACCAUGAAUUGAUUAACGUGGACCCCGACUUAAACAAGUUGUAAAACUUAUUGGGGUGUUACCAUUUAGUGGUCAAUUGUACGGAAUAUGUACUGUACUGUGUAAACUGUACUGUUUCAUAUAAUGUAUUCUCUUCCUUUGCAAUCUACUAGUAAAAGUUUAAAUCGAUCAAUCAAAAAACCUGCAAAUCAGAUGGAAAAUAAGAAGGAACAUUGUUUGGGGGUGUCCAUAAUACGCCGAUAGGGAGAAGUUUUUAUUUACACGAUAAUUCAGAUGUGUCUAUACCUCCGUGGCGGAGGCUCCGCCGAACCCCUGAGGCCGACUCACAGAACCCCUAGGGUUCGAUCGAACCCAGGUUAAGAACCACUGCCCUAGACUUUCCGUUGAUAUGCUUGGACACAGCACUCUGUGAACAGCCAGCCUCCUUAGCUAUGAACUUUUGUGGCUUACCCAUCUUAUGGAGGGCAUCAAUGAUGGUCUUCUGGCCAGUUUUCAAGUCUGCAGUCUUCCCCAUAUUGAUCCUAACUGAGACAAUUGAACCAAAGUGAAGCAAAUUAAUAACAACCUGUGCAGGUGCUUUGAAUUUAGUAGAUGAGUCGUGUGUGACACUCAGUUAAAAACAUUCAUGCCCUGUACAAUUUGGGCUGAUUUAUUCAUAGUAUUCUAAUUUUUUUAAAACCUGUUUUUUCGUGGGUUUUGUGAGCUCAAAUUAUGUACAAAUA